UCUCUGACUGGGAGAUGAAGAUGGGUCCCCGCGUCGCCGUCCGUGCCUGGUCCCUCUGCGCGCUGCUGCUGGCUGCUCUCGGCUGCGUCUGCGCCAGCGGCCCCCGCACCCUCGUGCUGCUGGAUAACCUCAACGUGCGGGACACGCACUCGCUGUUUUUUCGCAGCCUGAAGGACCGGGGCUUUGAGCUCACCUUCAAGACCGCAGAUGAUCCCAGUUUGUCCCUCAUUAAGUACGGGGAGUUCCUCUAUGACAACCUCAUCGUCUUUUCCCCGUCGGUGGAAGAUUUUGGAGGAAACAUCAAUGUGGAGACCAUCAGCGCCUUCAUAGAUGGUGGCGGCAGUGUUCUGGUGGCUGCCAGCUCUGACAUCGGUGACCCUCUUCGGGAGCUAGGCAGUGAGUGUGGGAUUGAAUUUGAUGAAGAGAAGACAGCUGUCAUCGACCAUCACAAUUAUGAUGUCUCAGACCUUGGCCAGCAUACGCUCAUCGUGGCUGACGCUGAGAACCUGCUGAAGGCCCCAACCAUUGUUGGGAAGUCAUUGCCCAACCCCAUUCUCUUCCGGGGAGUUGGAAUGGUGGCAGACCCUGAUAAUCCCUUGGUUUUGGACAUCCUAACAGGCUCUUCAACUUCUUACUCCUUCUUCCCAGAUAAGCCCAUCACCCAGUAUCCCCACGCGGUGGGGAAGAAUACACUUCUGAUCGCCGGGCUCCAGGCCAGGAACAAUGCCCGAGUCAUCUUCAGUGGGUCCCUUGAUUUCUUCAGUGAUGCCUUCUUCAACUCAGCAGUGCAGAAGGCCACACCCGGUGCCCAGAGGUAUUCUCAGACAGGCAACUAUGAGUUAGCUGUGGCCCUCUCCCGCUGGGUGUUCAAGGAGGAGGGUGUCCUUCGAGUAGGGCCUGUGUCCCAUCACCGGGUGGGCGAGACGGCACCACCCAAUGCCUACACUGUCACCGACCUGGUGGAGUACAGCAUUGUGAUUGAACAACUCUCCAGUGGCAAGUGGGUCCCCUUUGAUGGUGAUGACAUUCAGCUGGAGUUUGUGCGCAUUGACCCCUUUGUAAGGACCUUCUUGAAGAGGAAAGGUGGCAAGUACAGUGUCCAGUUCAAGCUGCCAGAUGUGUAUGGUGUAUUCCAGUUUAAAGUGGAUUACAACCGGCUGGGCUACACACACCUGUACUCUUCCACCCAGGUGUCAGUGAGGCCACUCCAGCACACACAGUAUGAGCGCUUCAUCCCCUCGGCCUAUCCCUACUACGCCAGUGCCUUCUCCAUGAUGGCUGGGCUCUUCAUCUUCAGCAUCGUCUUCCUGCACAUGAAGGAGAAGGAGAAGUCUGACUGAGCCUGGGGCUCCACACAGCAGGGAGACAGCCAGAAUGGAUUGUUUUGUUUUGU